AUUUUUACCACUAAUUAAAAUUACGUAUGCUUUAGGUUUGUCGUUGAAUUCAUUCGAGAAAAAAUGGAAAAAUUUACAAAAUUAUGAUGGUAAACCAAGACAAAUCUUACUAUUUAUAUUAUGGAGUGUCGCAACUAUACCUAGUGUAAUUUUUUUAUUCUCGACAAGCGGAGCAAGGAUAUGUACACCAUCAGCAUAUUCAUACCCUAUAACAACAAAAUUAAUGGAUCAUUGUAACGCUUAUAUUAUGUCGCUUUUGCUUGCUUACGUAUUCAUUAUCACUUCAAUAAUUCAAGUAUUAUAUCAAUUUAUUAUACUUAACAAUCAAAAGAAAGAUAUCUCAACACCAAAGUUACAAGAGCCAAAGAAAUUGAAAGUCAAAAGAAAAAAACAUGUUAGUAAAAGAAGAGCAAGAAGUAGUGUUGCUAUCACUGAAGCUAGUAUAAAAUUAAGCACCGUUAAUGAAGAUGAUGAAGAAAUGAAAAGUAUUAAAAGUGAUGUCUAA